AACGAGACAAUAAACACGCGCGGACCCGCAAGAGUUUUCCCCUGUGGAGUAACAAUCACCAGUGAAAUCACGUCACCCCUUCAGGCCAGGAGUCCAUCAUCAUCCAUUUGCAGCCAUGUAUCUGAACAGGGAAGAGGACCACGGCAAAGGCUCCUUUUCUUUGAGUGUGCUGCUGGUGUCAUUGGCGGUAACCGUGUGUGGCGUUUGGCUGGUGGCUCUGUGCGGCAUUUGUGGAUGGUGUCAACGCAAACUGGGGAAGAGGAAUAAACCAGGAGUGGAGUCCGUGGGGUCUCCCGAUUCAGGAAGAGGAAGAGGAGGAGAGAAAAAAGCCAUAAACGAUCUAGACAGAGACUUUUGGAAUAACAAUGACAACAGUUCAGUACAGCAGCGCUGGAGUUCAUACCCACCCAAGGAGUUUGUACUAAACAUUUCCCCUUAUGCCCCUUAUGGAGAUCCACGCCUUACACUCAAUGGGGCAGUGCCCGGGGGCCAGAAAGGGGCAAUGGGGGGUGGAUUGGGGGACGGAGGGGGGCCGUCGCGCAGUGACAGCAUGAGGAGCAUGGUGACGGGGAGCAUUAAAGCCGGCAGGUGGCAGACAGUACAAAGCCGCCUACAUUCAGGAGACUUCAAGAACGGCAAUUUGGCCGACCACGGCCUCUCCUCGACCGCGACCAUGGACCAUUUCCCUUCCUCGGGGCUGAUGGCGCGGCCCCGGACAUUGCUACGCCAGCAGAGCCUCCAGCAGCCAUUGAUCCAUGCUCCAGCUCCAAAUUUGGCCAGCAGACCGCCCAUCUCCCAGAGUUUGGGUCAGCUGCACACCCAGCCAGGGAAUAGUGCGGAAGGGGGUGGGGGCGCUGGGCCAGGGGGCGGGGCUGGGGGCGGAGCUGGCUCACGCACUUCCAGGGGCAGUCCGGCAGGUGGAGGAGCUUCACGCUAUAGGUCGGGAGGUGCCGGGGCACGGGCCAUAAGAGGGAACCCUGGCAGCGUGGAUCACAUGAUGGGUCAGGUGAAGAAACGAGGCCUGGACGUGAAAUCCUUCCUGGAAGGGAAAAUGGUUGUUCUCUCUCUUGCGAUUGGAUUGGCUGAGCAGGAUGACUUUGCCAAUCUGCCAGACCUACAGGAAGUACCGCCCAGUCAAGAAACCACCCCGGACAAGAGUAGGAAUAUGGGGACUAAGCCAGCUAACAGUCCUAAGGGUCAGCCGCCAGACGCGGACGGGCAUUCAUCAGUAUCAGACCUUGCCAACUCACUCACUGGAGAUAUGGUGAUGUUGUCUCCAGGGUCAGAAGACGACGACCACGAAGGUCCUAUUAGCGAGAAACUGGGCAGGAUUCAGUUCAGCUUGGGCUACAGUUUCCAAGACACCACCCUAACGGUGAAAAUACUCAAAGGUCAGGACUUGCCCGCAAAAGACUUCUCUGGGACCUCUGACCCAUUCGUUAAAAUCUACCUACUGCCUGACAGAAAGCACAAACUCGAGACCAAAGUAAAGAGAAAGAACCUAAAUCCUCACUGGAACGAAACAUUUCUAUUUGAGGGAUUCCCGUAUGAGAAGGUCCGGGAAAGAACGCUUUAUCUCCAGGUGUUGGACUACGAUCGGUUCAGCCGUAACGACCCGAUCGGUGAAGUCUCCAUACCUCUGAAUAAAGUGGAGCUUGGACAAUUAAAAACAUUCUGGAAGGAUCUUAAACCUUGCAGUGAUGGCAGCGGAAGUCGUGGAGAUUUGCUGGUGUCUUUGUGUUAUAACCCCACUGCCAACACCAUCACUGUUAAUAUAAUAAAAGCACGCAAUCUUAAAGCCAUGGACAUCGGGGGCACCUCAGACCCAUAUGUAAAAGUAUGGCUAAUGCACAAGGACAAGCGUGUGGAGAAGAAGAAGACAGUGACCAUAAAGCGCUGCCUGAACCCCGUUUUUAACGAAUCCUUCCCUUUUGACGUGCCCGCACAUGUUCUCAGAGAAACCACCAUCAUCAUCACCGUCAUGGAUAAAGAUCGACUGAGCCGCAAUGAUGUCAUUGGAAAGAUCUACUUGUCAUGGAAGAGUGGUCCAGCUGAAGUCAAACACUGGAAGGACAUGUUGAGUCGGCCACGCACUAACGUGGCACAGUGGCACGCCCUCAAAGCCUGAUUGGCGCUCUCCAUUUCCCAUAUUCCUCGACCCCAUUUGACGUUUGACCCGAACCCCGUCCUUAUGCACAAGACUAACUUGCUGCCAGACGGCACAACACGGGUACUUUUAGCCAUCCUCUCUUGUAACCUUUAACCUUCGAGGCUUCAACCUUCAAUCUUUCUCCCUUCUCUCACUUGGUUUCACAUCUAUUUGCCAUAAUCUGUUUGUCUUGGUUUUCUUUAUUUGACACUGGUAACAUGUAGUGUAAAGGCCUGUGUAUUAAGAAAACAUCUAGUUGUAUUAAUAAUAUUGGUUAAUGGAAGCUGGUUUGCUGGUCUUAGCCGGUCUCCCAACCUUGUCAAACUGAUCUUUUGGGACUAAGCACCAGCUGGCCUUCCAGCUAAAGCAACUGAGGACCAGCUUGGCCAGGCUGGAAGACCAGCUAAGACCAUCAAACUAGUUCUCACACUGUAUCUACACGUAACAUGUUUUUUUCUUCCUUUCCUGUUUAUUUACCCAUAAUUCCCUUGUGUGCCCAGGUUGGAGAGGUCUUACAACUCUCUGAUCUUGAGUCUAUCCCUCAUCAUAUAAGAUCAACUCCUCGUCUAGACCCAGGUGCUCACGGGAGCUCAUUUGACAAAGCCUUUAAAUUGGCCACUACAGAAAUGGAAUAAGUCACAGGAACUCUGGGAGUUGUAUUUUUCCAGGGCUCAGACAUCCCGUGCAAGUCUCAGGGCCCCGGAGGGCCCGUGUAAUUAAAGCCAUGAGGGAAAAUGACAGGCCCUCUUUCCAUUAACAGUCUCUCAUUUUCUUAUACAUAUCGCCAUUUAUAGUUGUUUUUCUCAAAGUCCCUGACCUCUUCGAGCCUUUUUCCAUGUCUUUCCCACUUGACCUGAUUUUCCGUGUCCUUUAUUUCUGUCUAUUGCUUCCAAAACCUAGUGAGCAACCUACAUAGGCCACAUUUUAAGGCAUCACAGGCAAACUCCAGAUGCAAAGGCAGUUACAAAAGGUUGGCGACUUAAUCACGGUGCCUCCUAAAAUAUCUCGUUUUGGCUAAAUUCGUCAGCAUCACAUGUAUCCUUCAAGAAGAAAGCAAUCAAAGAAUGCAUUGUGAUGAACGUUAUUGACGAGGCACGAGAAAUGUCUAAUAAAUAUAAUUGUACAUUUCAUUCAGUACUAAAAAUGAUCAAUAAAAACAGUUAUCGAUAAAAACUACUUACACUUAACCGUAUAGUUAAAAAUGUAUUAUUUUACCCAAUAUUUGUGUGUGCGAUGUAUUUGAUGCUUAUUAAGGGUAUUACAACAUUAAAGCGUUAGAGUCGAGAACGUUACCAAUUCACUUACAAUAUGAGGUUUCAUUUUGUUAGAAUGCUUCCUUAAGACUGAAACACACUAAACACCAUUGCAUGAAUGCAGACACUUCUAGCUACGCAAGUUCGAUUUUGUUGCGUAGUUGCGUUACAAAAUAUGUCAAACUGCAGUUCAUAACACAAUGCAAAAAUGCGUUGCAUUCUCAAUGUUGCCACAAUGGGGCUCUGUAGUGGAUAUUAAUUUUAACUGUCCACUUCUACAGUGAGUUUUCUCUUUCACAUCAACUACUAUCAUGGUGGUGCAACAGUUUGAAGAAAAUUUCUGACUUUUGAAGUUAUGUUCAACAGAAUUGCACGUUGGCAGUGCGUUGGCCAAGCGCUCGCAUCUGCAUUCAUGUACUUGCGUGAAGUAUGUUUCUGGCAUUAGGAGCCUGCUGUAUAUGGAGGCAGCUAGGCAGCUCACUUGGUUUUGGAACAGAUCUUAUCUCUUCAUCGGCUCUCCAUCUGGAAACUUACAGACAGCAAAUGGACUUCACCAUCCUUUUUUCUCUGUGGUUUUCUCUCUAUCGCUGGCACAAUAAUAGUGAAAUCCUUUUCUUGGGAUCCCUUGUUGUCCGUGUUCUGUGAGUGAUGUGUCGUAAAUCUAGAAAUAAUGUAAAAAACAUUAACCAUCAGGGGGCGGGAAAAAAACUUCCUCGAAGGAACGUUCCAGGUCUUCUGGGACUUUCAGAGAAAAGUAUGGAAUUUCAGGUGGAAGGGGGAAAAAAAAACAAAAAAACUUGAUGUCCUCUUUUUUUCAUUAAAAAAGACGUUUGAAGGAACCAAUCAAAAAUGUUCUUCCAGACUGUGAAAAAUAGGAGCAAAAAGUUUGUUGCGGCAAGUGCGCCGGAUUGUUCUCACCACACCUUGCUCUUGUGAUGUGUUUGUGUGUGCGCUUAUAGGGGAUCAUCUUUUUAAAAAUCCUCCCAUUAACGGAAAAAACCUGCCUUUACCCGUGUAUGUGUGCGUAUGAGACCGUAUCAGAGGUAGUGUGUUGGCAAAUUUCACAAAAACAUGUCCAUGACAUU